AUGGCAACCAAGACCUUCGACGCGUCCAAACUUCAAGCUUUCGGCAACGCUGCCGCCGGACAUGAUGGCGUUCUCAGCGACGAGACUGGCGCGGUAGUCGUAAAACCAUGCACAGAAGCAGAGAUCACCUUCUACGAAUCCGUGACCGUGUCGCAUCCAGACCUUGUUCCCUAUCUACCUACCUACAUGGGCCAGCUAUCUCUGUCCGCCAACGAGAGCGCAGUUCCAGCUGUUGAGAGUGGAACUAUACAGACGGCCGAUGGUACUGUCGAGCGUCUACAUGGCAAGAAGUUGGCUACGGAAUUACACAUUGUGCUGGAGAACAUUACACAUGGCUUCAAGAAGCCAAACGUCCUGGACUUGAAGCUAGGCGCACAGCUAUGGGAUGACGCGGCAAAGCCCGAGAAGAGAGCUAGACUCGACGCUGUAAGCAACGUGACAACAAGUGGAAGUCUUGGUUUCCGGAUCGCAGGUAUGCGGACAUACAAGGGCACACCUGUCCCGGACAUCCCGGAGGAGCUGAAAGAGUUUGUUGAAGUGGACAAGGAAGGUGGGUACUGGGUGUAUAACAAGAUGUAUGGCCGCAAGUUCAGUGCCACCGACGUUACCGAGGGCUUCGACACGUACGUCUUCCCAGGGUCAAAGACAGAAGCCGAACAUGACAGAGCCCGGGAAGUGCUUGCCUACUUUCUAGGUGAAGUAAAGGACAUCCUAGAAGUUUUCGAGGGCAAGGAGAGUAGGAUGUACAGUGCUAGCAUACUUCUAGUCUAUGAGGGUGAUGUGGAAGAGUACGCAAAGACGAAGCAGACGCUGAGAUCCGCACAACCAGAGGAAGAUGAUGACGACGACAAUCUACCACAGUUGGCGGCUGUCAAGAUGAUUGACUUUGCGCACGCUACCUGGACACCGGGUCAGGGGCCGGAUGAGAAUGCUCUGAAGGGGAUUAGGAGUACGGCAAAGAUACUGAAGGAGCUUCUGGAUAAGGCACAGGAUUAA